AUGACAAUUUCUCCCCACCGAGGCAGAGAGAGAGAGACGGUUUGUCAAAGGUUUGACAAUUCUGUUGAAGUUGGCAACUCUACAGCUAGUAGCUUCUGGGCUUCAUUCCAAGCUAUGGUGGAUCAUGCCAUAGAGGUCGAGUUAGCGAGGCUUCAGGCUCCAGGCAGGGUUGAUGACGAGGAUCCGUAUAUUUGCCUAGCAGAGGCAGCUAUCAGUCUAGGAGAUGUGGUCAUCAGCCCGACAUGGGCAGCUCAUAGUCAGCUAGGGCUGGAUCUCAGUCUAGCCAUGGAGGCCAAGGAGGAUCUAUUGAAAGUUUCACCCAUGAAGGGUGUGAUGAGAUUUGGGAAAAAAGGCAAGCUAAGCCCGAUGUUCAUUUGCCCUUUUAAGAUCGUUUGGCAUGUUGGUGAGGUAACCUAUGAGUUUGCAUUGCCACAAGGUUUAGUGGGCGUUCACUCCGUGUUUCAUGUUUCCAAAUUGAAGAAAUACCAUUAUGAUAGAUCUUAUAUCAUCCAUUGGGACUCGGUGCAAUUUGAUCAGGAUUUGUCCUUUGAAGAAGAGCCGGUGGCAAUCUUGGAUAAGAAAGUUAGGAAAUUGAGAGAAAAGGAGGUAGCUUCAGUGAAGGUGCAGUGGAAGCACCGUCCAGUUGAAGAGGCUACAUGGGAGACUGAGGAUGAUAUGUGUAGUAGAUAUCCUCAGCUCUUUACCGAUUUAAGUACCUUCUCUUCGUUUUAUUUCAUUCGAGAAGGAACAAUUCUUUAA